AUGUCCCUAAACCUGUGUGUAGAACCAUCUCUUUUGAGGCUUCAGAAAGAAUUUGAACAACUGGAUUUACCUGACUAUUGUAUAUUGCGUAUUGGAGAUGAAAAAUAUAUAGAAUUAAGUGGUCAAAUAGAAUAUUAUGAUUUUGAUCUAAUAGGUGAUCUUUUAAGUAAAUAUAGAUGUUUUAGUGUAUAUAUAACUCCACAAGAAGGUUACUGGAAAAAUAGAUGUAUAGAAUUUAACUUUAAGAUACCACCUGGAUAUCCUCAUGUAGCUCCAAAAGUAAAGUGUUUAACGAAAUUAUUUCACCCUAAUAUAGACGAAAAUGGCAAUAUAUGCUUAAAUUGCCUACGUGAAGAUUGGAAACCUAUACUUUCAAUAACUAUAAUAAUAUGUGGAUUAUUAAACUUAUUAAUAGAACCUAGUACUACAGAUCCUUUAAAUAAAGAAGCAGCUGAUAUAAUAAAUAUUAACCCUAUAUUAUUCCAAGAGACUAACAACAAAUUAUUUAAUAUAUAG